CAAGCCGAGUACACGCGAAUAUUAGCGAGACCUCGCUUCCGAACACCCGCGCUGAAACGAGUUCACGCGUGUACGCGCGAUUUGCCUCAGGAGGUAGUGCGCCAAACAAUCCAAGAUGGCGUCCAGCAUUGCGAAGCUUGUACCGCUGCAAAUGACUAAUGCCGAUAAAACCGUUGUAUUUACGGUUCACGUUCACCCUGAUGUACAGGAGAAAUGUGUGCAAGGUAAGCUUAAGACACACAGUUGGCAACUGAGAUGUUUAUACGAAUGGAGGAGAAGUACAAAGUGGACUCUUCAGGCCACAGAAAUCUUAGAGCCACUGGUUUGGGAGGAAAGUUAUUACCGGUGUUGCUGAAUCCUUUGAAUUAGCUUCGGAAUUUGGAUUGUUGAAUACUGUCUCCGCUGCUUGUAAAAACAGUGGGGUCAGUAUCAGCAUGAAUAUAACAAGACCGACUCACUUUGAUGAUGUGUCUGCAUCUGCAUAUGUGAAAGAUGUGCCGGAUGAAAUGUUAUGUCGCCUUGGGCGGUUAGCACCAAAAGAUCUCACGGCACAAGAAAGAGUUAGGUUCCUGGAACAAUUGGUAGCAUCAGUACCAGAUGAUCAUAAUAGUGAAUUCAGUGUUGAACCCAAAGCCAGUACAAGUAGCGCUGGUGCCAGUGACAGAAAUAGAUGUGACACACUGGGAGAUGACAUGGAGCUGGACACACAAGAUGACAUAGAUUCAGUAUUUUCAAUGACCACUCACUCCAGUUGGUCAAGCCAGAGUCAUCAGUCACAAGUGAGAAUAAACUGGACUGAAUGUCAAGUCCGCCUGCUCAUUACUCUGCGGCAGCAGUAUGAGCAUUUGUUUACUAGCAGCAUCGUCACCCAGAAGCAGGCUUGGAAGAAAGUAGCCGACGAAAUGACUGAGAAAGGUUACUGCUACUCUGGGGAUGAAUGCCAGAGGAAAUUCGGUUCCUUGAGGCUAAGAUACAAAACAAUAAAGGACCGUAAUAACAAGACUGGCAGGGGCAGGUCAACAUGGAAAUUCUUCAGUCUCAUGGAUGAGAUGUAUGCUGGGGAUCCAGCAGUUGAACCCCUUGCUGAAGUCAGUAGCCUUCAGAAUCCGAAAAAUCUAACCAGGGCCCCAAAUAGUCCAGAGAGGGAAAGAAGCGACUGUGUAAUGCGUUAUGAUUCUCCUAAUACAUCCAACAGCAAGAAGGCCCCUGCCAAGACAACACCUAAAACUCCUGUAUCUAAGAGAGGCACAGCCUCACUGGCGGAUCUAUCGGAAAUGAGAGAACAACAGAAGAAACAGCAUGAAGAGAGAAUGGAGUUGGAGAAGAAAAGAUUAGCAAUUGAGGGAAAAAAGACUGGAAACUCUUCAGAAAUUAGUAGAUGCUAUAGUAAAUUCCAAGAAGUAAAUUAUAUAUUUAUAUACUUAUCCUAUCUCACGACUUUCACCUCUCUCUCUCUUUGCUCCAGGCCGACCUUGUCCCUGUACCUGUGCUGUGCAUGCCUUCCUGCCUUAGCUGUGCGGUGUCUUUUUGUCAGAGUGAUUUUUGUGGUCGGUCUCCUUCACCUCAGGUGAAUCAGGAUAUCCCGUCUAGUCAGUCUAGAGCUAGUGAGCACAAUAUUGGGACAAUAUUCAACACGACAGGUCAUGAUGUUUGUGCCCCAAGAGUGGUGGGACAAGAUUCAGUGAAGUGCACGACUCUUUUGUCCUUUUAUGGCUCCAAGAUCGAGAAUGAGUAUGUAAGGUGAUCAUGUGGGUGAGGACUGCACAUGCAACGUGCUGCCACGGCCUAGUGAGCAUGGCGAAGGCAGGAAGGCAUGCACAGCACGGGGAC